AAGAUUGUUUUUGAAUUUCAGGAUCUUAGAGUGCCUCAAGUCCAUGCAAUUCUAAUGACAUUAGUUGGGGAAGUAAAGAAGGUUUAUCAUUGUGCUGGCCAUAUCAUGAUACCUUUAUAACUGUAGGCCACUGAAACAGAUGACAUUUACAUCAUCUGCCCUAUAGAUUCAUCAUCAUCAUCACUCCUUUGAGUUCCUUAUGGAACAUAGGGCCUCGACAAAAACACGCCACUUUCCACGGUCUCUUGCUAGCUUUUUGAUGGUGUCCCAGCUCUUCCCGGUCUUCUCUGCUUCUUCAAGUACACUGCGUCGCCAUGUUCUUUUUGGUCUUCCUCUGCGUCUUGUUCCCUGGGGGUUCCACUCUAAGGCCUGCCUAGCUCUGUUGCUGGUAUCUUUUCUAAGGGUGUGACCAAUCCAUCUCCACUUCCUCUCUAAGAUCUGCACUUCUAUAUUUUUCUGUCCACUCAUCUCCCACAGUUUGGUGUUUUCUACUUUGUCAUACCAGUGUAUUUUUAGGAUAUUUCUCAGGCAUCUGUUGAUGAAGGUCUGUAUUUUUUUUGUUGUGGCUUCAGUUGUUCACCAUGAUUCAGAGCCAUACAGUAGGACAGCCUUGACAUUAGAGUUAAAGAUUCUUAGUUUAGUCUUGUUUGAGAUGUAAGGAGAUUUCCAGGUUGGUUUUAGCUGUGUAAAUGUCUGACAUGCUAGAUUUAUACGGCGUUUAAUGUCUUCAUCUGUUCCACCUGAUAUACUGACUACACUCCCAAGGUAUAUAAAAUUUUCUACUUGGUCUAUUGUCUGAGAAUUCAAUACUAUGUCUCCACUUUGUUUAUUGUUUACUUUAAGUACUUUAGUUUUUUGGUGGUUUAUUUUGAGGCCUACUCUUUUUCCUACUUCGCUUAAAGCUGUGACCUUUUCUUGCAUAUCCUGUAGUCUGUGUGAUAAUAGGGCUAUGUCAUCAGCGAAUUCCAGAUCUUCCAGCUUUUGUAUGAGAGUCCAUUGGAUUCCUUUCCCUGCGUUAGAGUAGGCUUCUUUUGUGACCCAAUCCAGUACUAGAAGGAACAUGAGUGGUGAAAGAAGACAUCCCUGUUUGACUCCUGUUGUGACUGGAAAUUCCUCUGACAGCUUGCCACAGUGGGUUACUUGGCAGGUGAAACCAUCAUAAAGGUUCUUGAUUAUGGUUAUUAUUUUAUUGGGGAUCCCAUAAUGUCUCAUUACAGUCCAAAUAGAUUCUCUGUCGACACUAUCAAAAGCUUUUUCAAAGUCAACAAAAGUUGCAUAGAGAGGAGAUUGCCAUUCGACACAUUGUUCUACAAUUAUCCUGAGUGUAGCUAUUUGGUCAGCACAAGAUCUCCCUUUUCUGAAUCCGCCCUGUUCUUCCCUUAGGUGUUCAUCACAUGCUCCCUUUAUUCUGUUUAGUAGGAUUCUGCUAAAAAUCUUGCUUGGUACUGACAGCAAAGUGAUGCCUCGCCAUUUCUCACAUUGUGAUAGAUCUCCACUCUUUGGUAUUUUUAUUAGCAAGCCCUAUAGAUUGCAAGUUUUAAAAGGCAUUCUUAUUACAUUUUAAUCCGCAACUAUUCUAAAAAUUAUAAUCAUUUUUUCAGACAUUUUUUCUUUUCUGAGCCACUAAAUUGAUGAUUAUGUUAAAUCAACAAUUGAUUUUAAAAUAAUAUUUCUGAUUUACUUUGAUGCAAGAAAAGGCUAAUAUUAUAAGCAAUACUUACUAUAGUCAAAUUAUGCACUUUUAUAAAGUAUGCUAAGCAGGCUUAAACAAAGCAUAAAAAAAGAAUAUUUGCUAUUGAUCUUUUAGAAAAUGGGGCUAUAGAAUAUACAACUAUCUAUUUGUUAUAAUUUUAAUGAAGGUUUUUUUGUUUUUACAUUUUAUCCUCAAAUUUAAAUCAAAACUAUGUCAAUAGCUAUAUGUCUUCAUAAGUUAUAACUAAUUUAACAUGUAUUUAUCUUUGGAAUGUUUGUAAAUUGUUUUACAUGUUUCGGAUGUCCCUUCAGAGUUGAAGAUAGUUUACUUCCUAGUCCAAACCUCCCUCAGGGUGACGGGGGAUGGGAGCAGGCAGGGUUUGAACUAGAGACCAUCGAUAAAUCCGAUCGACAGUCUAGCGCGCAAACUGCACGACCUGGCAGUCAGGAUCGUUAUCUGGCACAUACAACUCAAUUUACUUCUAUUGGCUGGAAAUAUUUAAAGCAUGACAGUGGCGUAGGUAAAUUACCAAAUAGUGGAUCUUAUGUUGGAUUGAUCAGCCCUGAUGAACUGACCUGACCAUUGUAAUUGAAACCAUAACUCAUGACCACUCUAUCUGUAUAGGUCCUGGUAUACCCUGGGAUGAUGUUCACCCACAACUUUUAACUUGAAAUCUUAAAAGAAGUUUUGCUAAACUAACAAGCAUGAAUGUCUGGUACAGUAAGAUAGGGUUAAUGGUCAACCUGACAUUAUGGUUCAUUCAUUGGGACAGCUAAUGUUUGUGUCUGACCAAGCAGUUCUCAAGUUAGGGCUUGAUGAAGUCUACAAACUGACCAUUAUAUCUACUGGACAAAAAAGGAUCUUAUAUGUAUAUUUUAAACCUGGUCAAUGCCUAUUUCUCCACUAUUGUCGACAUCUUGAGACAUCACCAUCGGCAGAAACCGAAGACGGCUGAUACAUUUGUGUGGGUGAAAAACUGAAGGCAUCGCUCGAAGACAGCUGAUACAUUUGUGUGGGUGAAAAACUCAAGGCUUCGCUCGAAGACAGCUGAUACAUUUGUGUGGGUGUAAAAUUCAAGGCGUCGCCUGAAGACAGAUGAUACAUCGUUUCCACGUGAGCGCUCGUCACCAACUUUUGACACGCUCUUGCAUUGUCGAGGUUUCACCUUACAUUGCUAUACAGAAGGUCCUCCAUUUAGACCUCUGUUCACUUAUGGUCAUUCUAAUUUUUCAGAGACUUUACAUAUUUGGAUUAUCUAAGCUGAAGUUCUCCACUUAAGUACUGUUGGAUUAUUUAUACGAAUGUUCAAGUACUUUUGGAUUAUUGAUCUUUGACGUUGAAGUUGGACUAACUUGUACCUAUUGGCGCUCUCCUAGUCAUCGUUGUACGACGAAGAAAUAACACAUGCCUGCAUUACUACACUUACAUUUUGGAUUAUCUUAUUGGAUUAUUUGGAUUACCUGUUGGACUUGUGUUAAUUGUAAAGGUCAAGAGGAAAUAUUUUUUGACAUUACUUGAGCAUUUGAGCCAUCUUAUGGCAUAUGACUGGAUUAUUUUACUACUACUUUGAUGCUCACAUUGAUGUGUAUUCUCAAUCGGAUUACUUAGUUACCUUACCCAUGGAUUAUUAUUGAACUACUCAAGCUGUAUUUGUAUUUGACAAGCUACAAGAGAGGAUUAAUCUACAUCAGUCUACAAAAGAAAGUCUGUAAGUUAUAAUUAAGGAUUGAAUAUAUUCAUAUGAUUAAUAAAGUACAUUGAUUUUGCUGUGGUAUAGCAGUAAUUGAAGUUGAUUAUAUGUAGAGUUAGUGAUUGAUAACUCUUGGAACCAUAUUAAAUUGAUUUUCAUUUUUUAUAUUUGUUACCUUAAAGGGCGGUCGGCGUGGGUCUGUCUUAUGUUUUGAGACUGAAUCGGCACAAUUUAUUUGUUCCGUUCCAUUUCACUUCAUCUGAUAGGGAUCUUUAGGGAUUUUCUUGUUGUUCUCCUAGUCCUAAUAAGGUCCGAGUAGACCAGCCUUGUUCGGUAGGGACUUCUAGAUCAUUUUGAAAUUUUUUGUUUAGUGGUAUAUAGUUUUGUUUGUACAAUCGUAGUGUGAUUUCUCUUUGUAUUCAUAUUGUUUGUUUGUGUAAGUCUUGUAUUUACAUAUCUGUGAUUCUCUUGUCAAAGUCUUCUAUUUAUUGAUUUCUUUUAAAGCAGACUGUAUUGUUAUCUAUAUUGUUUUUGUGUUCGUCACCUAUACUUUAAUUUAUCUCUUUAUUCUCUCAUUAAUUAAUUUUUUUUUCAUUUUUUCACUGCACAUAUAACAUGUUACAAAGAUAUAUUUGAAGUAAUAAUAUUGUGUACAUAUAUACUAUCACUUGAAUUAGAGCCUUAUUUUUUGAGCUCUUGUACUUAUUUUGUAUUGACACAUUUCUCGUACUCUGAUUAUUUUGUUGGUACAUUUUGACGCAACACUUAUUACUAUUGACUCAUUUGUACAUUGUAUUUGGCACACAUUGAUUACAAACUCAACACAUUUAUUGGCCAUCUAUUAUUUAAAUAUCAAAGAUACAUGCAAAGUGAGACAUUAUUAUUUGUAUUUUGAUAACUAAGCACUCACUACACAGUUAAUACUACAUACAGAUUGGAAUCCUAUAUAUUUGUUGACUUUAUACACGUUGAAGAUUAUUUAAUAUUUAUUGACAUUAUACACACUUGAAGCCUAAACCCAUACCUAUCAACAAUGUCUAUCUAUGAUAAAAUCUUGGAGUUGGCCAGAGAAAUGGAAUUGAAGGGUGAAAAGAAAAGAGAAUUUAUCGAAAGAGAAUUGGAUGAAUUAAAGAAGAAAGAACGUGAAGUAGCGGAACGAGCGGCAGAAAGAGCGCAUCAGAAAGAAAUAGAGGGAAAAGUUGAGUUAGCUAAACUGGAAGCUGCAAAAGUGAAUCCGAACAUAUUACAACCACUGACACAGCAAGCCAAACCAUACGUCUCGAAGUUCCAUAAGUUCAAUGAGAAAAACGAAACUCUUGAAAACUACAUUGUGCAAUUUGAGCACAUAGCCUCAACGUAUGACAUGUCUCCUAGAGAUAUGGCCAAGCACCUACUCGCCAAUCUUGCAGGUGAACCGCUGAACAUAAUAGCCACCCUGACACCCGAACAAAAGACUGACUACAAGGCUGUGAAAAACAGACUCCUCGAACACUUUGGCAAAUCCGAGGACCACUACAGAAAACUCUUUCGAGACAUCAGAUUGCAAAAGAACGGUGAUUACAACAGAAUUAUUUUUGAAAUUAAGCAAAAUAUCUUAAAGUGGCUUGAACUCUCCAACUGUGAUAUGACGAGACCAGACCAAAUCAUUGAUAUGUUCUUAAUUGACAGUGUACUAUUGAAUGUUACAGACAACAUUUUCACUUUCCUGAAAGAGAAGAAAAUUAAAAACGAAACAGAACUCAUAACUAACCUGAAUUUAUUCAAAGACAGCCAUCCCAAUCACACCAUCGACAGAAGAGACCAUCAAAUAGCUGCCACCAUUAACACUGAUUCAAGUAAAUUCAAAUACAGCAGCAACAAUAAAACCUGCUUUAACUGCGGCAUAAAGGGUCACAUAAAGAGCCAAUGUAGAUCAAUCAACAGAAGCACUUUCCAGUAUCAAAGUGGCACAUAUCGAGACAAUAAAUAUGACAACAGAAGAAACAGCAGAGCAACCCAAAGUUACAGCCCUAAUGAUAGAAGAAGGCAAUACAACACCAACAACGAUAAUUACAACUUCCAGAACUAUCAAAGAAGACAGCAAUACAAUACCAACAACUUUCAGAACUAUCAUAGACAAUCCAGACGUGAUGGCUACGAACGAAACAGAUACAACAGAAAUACUUCAAACAGAUGGCAAAGUAACAGCAACAAUAGAAUCCAUAGACGCCCUAGCAGUUAUGACAACUCAGCCGCAACCAUCGACACUCACGAACACGAACAUGUAGCAUUCAUGAACUCAACUCUAGAAAAUAAUUCCUAUCCAUUACUUACAAACGGGCUGGACAACGCAUCACGAAACAGUAACAUUAGAACUGGAAACACACAUGACACAAGUAGUUAGCAAGCUAGACAUAGGGCAGCACAACAUACAAUUUUGUUUAUUAUACAAUAGGAUACAACACCAUCACAAAAUCACUAAAUAUCAGUAAUAUAACUAAACAAUGACAUUGUUCACAUAAGUCAACAACUAUAAUUAUCACACUAUUUUACAUAACACUAGCAUCGUUAAGGACUCAUUAGCCAGUACAAGUGUAAUUCAUUGAAUCUGUUGAUGCCAUAUUCUACAUAUAACUUUGAUUGUAUUUGUACACAUGACACUUCAAAAGGUCAUAUGUGCCCAAUUUUUGCAUAUGUGUAAAUUAUUUUUCCAAGAGUCCAUUUGAACAGAACGCAGUCAUAUUAAAACCUGAGUAUGUGACACUAUUUAUUGAAAUGUAUUUUUCAUUUUUUCAAAUGUACAUAACCUUUGUAAAUUGUAUAGAUAUGACUGUGACAUUGAUCUUCACUGAUGAAUUUAUUUUUUCCCACAUAUCAGUUUUGAAGACUAUUUGAGCUUAAUUCGAGGCUUGAAACGAUACACUUGAUGAUAUGUAAUGCAAACAAUGAUUUUUUGAAAAGAAUAUUGUAUUUAAUUAGUGAGAUGUAUUUGAGCAUUACUGAUGGCUUGAAAAAUAAUUGAUACUGUGUAAUGCAAACUGAAUCUUUGAAUAGAAGAUUGUACUUAAUAUGAGAAGUAUUGGAGCAUUAUUGAUGGCUCAUGAAGUAAUAUAUAUAAUGUGUGAUGUAAUCGCUGAUUUUUUGAGGAGAAGAUUGUAUUUAAUAUGAGAAAAUUAUUUGAGCAUUAUUGAUGGCUCGUGAAGCAAUACAUUUGAUGUGUGUCGUAGACACUGACUUUUUGAGAAGAUUGUAUUUAAUAUGAGAAAAUUAUUGGAGCAUUAUUGAUGGCUCGUGAAGUAAUAUAUUUGAUGAUGUGUGAUGUAGACACUGAUAUUUUUUGAGAAGAUUGUAUUUAAUGACAAAACUUUUGGAGCAUUAUUGAUGGCUCAAGCAGUAUAUUUUAUAUUAUGUGAUGAUAACACUAAUUUUGAGAAGAAUAUUGUAUGGAUAUGAGAAAACUAUCGAAGCAUGAUUAAUGGCUCGAAGUAAUAUACUUGAUUUUUGAAAGAACAUUGUACUUGAUUCAUGAAGACUAUUGGAGCACUAUUAAUGGCUCAAAGUAAUAUAUUUGAUUUUUGAAUAGAACAUUGUAUUUGAGUGAUGAAGACUAUUAGAGCACUAUUAAUGGCUCGAAGUAACAUAUUUGAUGUUACAUAACGUGAAAAGCUGAUUCAUUUUUUCGAGAGAAGAUUGUAACUUACACUUAUGUUAAAAGAACUUUUUGUGCUCACAGUAAGACAUAUGAGCCAAAUGAAUAUCAUGAUAACGACCUUGAUGCUUUAAUAUGCUUAUGACUUUGAUGAUUUAAAUAUGUUCCUCAUAAAUCAUCAUUAAAGAAUAUAUUUUCUUGACUUUCAUGAUUUAGUAGCAUUGUCAAAACAUUGCCAUUAUUUUUGUACAUAAACCAUUGAGACAACAUAAAUAUUUAUUAUAGAUACAUUUCACUUGCAUUGAUUUAUUUUAAAGAACAUUGUCAAUAUCUUUUCAUUUGACCAUGUAACCAUUGUCAAUAUUUUUCAUUUGAUUAUGUAAACUGAUGGGAUAAACUAAGUAUAUUUGUAUACGAGCAUUUUUCAUGGCUGCUCAUUCCUUUGUAAAAUUAAUAUUGAAAGCAUUCUUUUGAUAAAUUGAGAAUUUACUUUGAAAUUUUGUGUAAAGAAACACUUGCUUUUUGAGUAAUGUUGACAACUAUGAGUAUUGUCUACACAGACAAAUAUUUUUUCAAAUAUUGUAAGGUCAAAUGAGACCAUAUAUUAGUCUCAUCAAAUUUUUUGAUGGCAUGAUAAGACAUGUGCCAGAGAUUAUAGCACACAUUGUACAUUUGUAUGGAUUAUUUCUCUCUCAAAAGAUGUGACUAUACAUAUAAUAGUAUUAUUACUUAAAUUUCAAAAGAUUUUUACAAAAUCUUUUUUUUUUGAGGGAAAGGGCGUAAUGUCACAGUCUUAGUUGACAUUGCAUGAUCUAAAGUUCACAUCAUGUUAAUAGUUUAAAAGACACGUGGAAUUCCUAAUGUAGAAAACAGGAAGUAGAAUGAAUAAAGUUGACUUUGAAGUCAGUCAGUCAGUCAAGUAAAGCAGUCAAGUGAAGUCAAGUUAGAAGUCAAGUGUUAUUCUUUGGACCGAGUGGUCAAGUAUAUUUUAGUCCGGGAUGGACAGUAGCGACUUAGUAGUAGUGUAGUAAUUUCAGUUAGAAAGUAACUUGUGGGCAGUUGUUGCCAGUGGUCUUUUGAGACAUGUAUUAGUUAAUCUAUAUUUCUACACAGUGUUGCCCGCUGAGAUGCAGACAUGAUUUGUUGUUAACGUAUUGGAUACUUUUGAUACCGCUGUUAUGCGGAUAGGAUUAUUAUUUCUUGACUUGUAGCACUAACAAGGAGUGCAGUAUAUUAUUAUUAUUAUAGUAAAAUAAACUUCAUGUUGUCUGCUGAACGGACUUGAGUCAGUCGUAUAGUGUUUGUCUUGUCACGUGUCUAGAGUACUUCAGGAAGUAAGAACUCAAUAUUACACCAUUCAACGUUCAUUGACAGACCCCCUCCCUCCCAACCAUUUCCUCUGCCUUAUCUUGAUGACUUUGACUUUAAUUAGACAUUAAGCUUUCCAUGUGCUGAAAUUUAGCAUUGUAGAACGGGAAAUAAAUUGUCUAUGACAGUUCAAAGUGUGUAUACAUUUUUUUUGACGCACUCUGUAAAUAUAUUGUAUUCAGUGAUUUUUUUAUUUUACCAUUUUCUAAUAUUAGUUUGUUAGCUCAAUAACUAUUAACCUUUUAGAUUGUUAUCUUUCAUAAUGUUAAGACUAGAAAACAAGAUCUCAAAAUUAUAUUUAGGACGAUGAUUACAAUUACUUAGUCAAUUACUUAGAUAAAAUAAUUAUAAAACAAAAGUUAUAUAAAGACAUAAUUAUACAAUGUUUAUAUAAUGUAUGUUCAUAAAAAUGUGUAUAGCAGUGUUAUGGAGUGUGUGUGUGUGGGUGUUUCCAAGGUAACGUUGAGAAAUUAGCGAUUGGUUGGCGGAUAUGCAGUGAGGAUGGUGAAAUUACAAAAAUGGUCUAGUGUAAUGCAAAUUACCCAGGGAUCUGAAACUGUACAGACAGGUUUUUUGUAGUGAGUUAGAUUUUGUUUAAAAUACCAUUUUAUAUUAUUGCUACUAGAUUUAUUUCAUUUCAUCUAGGUUAGUAUUAGGGUUAGUGUUAUGUUGUAAUAAAAGUUAUAUUUAGUUUUGUUUCAAAAAAGACGUUUUUUCAAGUUUCAUAUUAAAUAUAUAUAUAUAUAUCCAAGCAGUAGUUCUCACCAAACUUUCAUACACUGGCAGAACUACCUUAAAAAAAUGUUCUGCUGGAGGCUGGUGUGGGUAGUAUAGAAGAAAUACUUAUUCAACAGCUGUGAUGGGUUGGAAAAUUAUCCCACAUGGGGGGCGACUGCAUGCCAAAUGGUAUCUUCAAGGAUGGCGUAAAGGGGUACUCCUGUAAGCACUAUAAAGAUUAACUCAGGCACCUUUUUGCCAUAGAGGAAAGUAGGUUGUAAUAGGGUUUAUGAAAACACUGCACUCAUCUUUUAUCUUCAGCAUCAUUAUUAUUAUUAAACCAUUAAAUUACUCAAAUUUUGCUUUGUUAAAUAGCCAUGUAGCGAUUUACUGCUGCUGGGGUGAACAAUGCUUAAAAAAAUAAAAAUAUGCUGUGUUUUUACUUUGGCCCAGCGGUGGCUCCCACAUUUAUGUCUUUUGUAUUUUUCUAUACCAGUUCUGUUACUAUGCAAAUGCAAAAAAAAAAAUGCAAGUUGUUGCACUAUUGAUAUUUUUUAUACAAAUUUUUUAUUUAUAUUAUUAAUUAUUUAUUAUUAUCUAAGCAUCUGUUUGUAUUUGAGCUGGGUAAUGAAUAUAGAUUCUUAAAUUUAAUUGUUGUUUGUUGCUUUACUCACUUUUAAACUGUGACCAUGUAAAUUUUGUCUAGAUGGAGAAUGGUAAUGUCUUAGUGUCAAUGAUUACAUUGAGAAUGGUAAUGUCUUAGUGUCAAUGAUAACAGUGAGAAUGGUAAUGUCUUAGUGUCAAUGAUAACAGUGAGAAUGGUAAUGUCUUAGUCUUAUUGAUUAGAUUGAUAAUGGUAAUGUCUUAGUGUCAAUGAUUACAUUGAGAAUAGUAAUGUCUUAGUGCCAAUGAUAACACUGAGACAAUCAUUAGAUUGAGGAUGGUAAUGUCUAAGUGUCAAUGGUGUAACACUAUGAUUAGAGUGAGAUGCACGAGAUGAUUUCAGUUCACGUGAAAAUAGGUCUUACACAUUGUCGAGCAAAGAGGUACCAUUUUUGAUCACAUGACCACGAUUUUUUAGUAAGUUAGCACCAUGAUGUAUCAAGAGACGUAGGUGUCUCUGUUUUAUGAAAUUGGAUUAAAUAAUAUGAGUACCUAAUUGGAGAUAUUUCUAAAGAUGUAGUUUGUAUUUGAUAUGAAAUAAUUCGUGAUGAUAUUUUAUGGCUGAGAUUGCCUACUUUAUGAACUAUUAUUUGAUGUAAUAAAUAUUUGUCUGCCA